AUGACACUACUGCUGCUGAUAACUGCCCCAUUGAUUGCCUUGAUUAUAUUCUGCUGGCGCUACAUUCUAUAUCUGUAUGAAUGCCACGACACCAAUACAAAUGCAACACACCUAUUAGACGGCUGUGAUGGUGAUGGUUAUCACAAGAGUAAAACGAAACGUGUGCGUACCACCUUCACCGAGGAACAAUUGCAGGUGCUGCAGGCCAACUUUCAGAUUGACAGUAAUCCGGAUGGGCAGGAUUUGGAGCGCAUCGCAUCGGUGACCGGUCUUAGUAAGCGUGUAACGCAAGUUUGGUUUCAAAAUUCGAGAGCGCGACAGAAAAAACAUAUUCAUGCUGGUAAGAAUAAAAUGCGUGAACCCGAAGGAAGCUCAUUUGCCCGCCAUAUUAACCUGCAGUUAACGUAUUCAUUUCAGAAUAACGCCCAGAAUCCCAUGCACUUGAAUGGCAACUCAAAGGGAUUAUAUCCAACGCAUGAGUCUUCAAUGGAUGAGCUCUCACAGGACUCCAGCGUACAUUGCAUGCAAAGUGAAGUGUGA